AUCAUGUCGUGGGCGCUGGCGAGCCCGAUCGAUUUGGGGGCGUCUCCGUGCGCCUGGCGCGGCUUGGUGCGCUGGACCGUCUGGACGCCGCCGCCUUCCGGAGAGCCUUACAGGGCAAGUGCGCCCCGGCCAGGGGCCUCUUGCCCGCGUCGCCCCGCGCCGGACCGGGAGGCCGGGGGACCCUGGUUUGUGGUUCACUGCCUAGUGUGUGACCUGCGGGAAGUUCCUGGGGUCGCGGAGGUUCAGUUUGGGUAGUCCAUGGGAAGAGCAUGGCACGGUGCCUGCCAUGUGUCGAACGCUUAGUUAGGUGUCUAAUAACGUCACCGUUUUCUGCCGUUUAUCACUGCGGUCCUUUACUUCUGCCUGCCACUGGGCCGAGACUACCGCUCAUACUCAGUGGACACGUUUGUGCACAAAUAGCUGUCGAGCCAAGAGUUCAGUCCCUAUCUGCUUAUAGAGCGUUCCCCCUUUCCGUAGGAAAGCUCUGCACUAGCUUUGUGUGUGUGGGGGGGUAAUAUAUAUGUAUUCCUUAUUUUUAUUAUUGUACUGGAGUUACAUCUCCAUUGGCUUUGAACAUGGACUCCAAGUAGUAAGAAGGGAAGCUGGGGUGAAGGAGCCUUCACUUUGGGAGAACUGCUGGAUUUCGAGAAGCAGACAUCUUUUCAAACGUCCCUGAAGGACAUAGAAUGAAGUUCAGCUAUGGAGUGAUGCUCUGGCAUGUGGUCCUAGUGAGCAACUUAUCCAGUGAACACCUCCAAACACAUUUCCAACCAGCCUCGCGCCCACCCCAAACUUCUUACCUCUUUUCAUCUUCUCUCCUGCUUAUGAGGAAGUGCUGGAAAGCCCACUUAACAGUAACACCCAUGGGAGAAUCAAGUCACUUAUCUUCUGAUAUAGGAACUUAGUUGUUGGGAGAGACAGAUAUUUCUGACAUGGUGCUUGCCAGGGACCAAACAGCUGCAAUUCAGCAAUGGCAGUCGGAAGGUAGAAUAGCUGUAUGGCUGCAUGUUCCCAUCCUCCAAAGCCGAUUCAUCGCCCCUGCUGCUUCCUUGGGCUUCUGCUUCCACCAUGCAGAAUCUGACUCAUCAACACUGACUCUGUGGCUGGGAGAAGGGCCUAGCAGAUUACCAGGCUAUGCUACACAUCAAGUAGGUGUUGCAGGAGCUGUAUUUGAUGAAAAUACUAGAAAAAUACUGGUUGUACAAGAUCGAAAUAAGUUGAAAAAUAUGUGGAAGUUUCCAGGAGGCCUGUCAGAGCCAGGAGAAGAUAUUGGAGACACAGCAGUCCGAGAAGUUUUUGAAGAGACUGGUAUAAAAUCGGAAUUCAGGUCCCUCCUGAGUAUCCGACAACAGCAUGCCAAUCCUGGAGCUUUUGGAAAGUCAGAUAUGUAUAUAAUCUGUCGCCUUAAGCCAUAUUCAUUCACCAUAGAUUUUUGCCAUCUUGAAUGCUUAAGGUGUGAGUGGAUGGAUCUCAAUGACCUGGUCAAGACUAAAAAUACGACUCCAAUCACCACCAGAGUUGCUAGGCUGCUGCUCUAUGGGUACAGAGAAGGGUUUGACAAGAUUGAUCUCACCAUGGAAAAACUUCCAGCAGUAUACACAGGCCUGUUUUAUAAACUCUAUCACAAAGAACUGCCAGAGAAUUACAGAACUGUGACAGGGAUGGACUGAAUUCACAUUCACAUGUUAAAAAAUUUUUAAAGUAAACCAUUGACAUAGAUUAAUGUAUAAGAUGUCAUGAACAUUUGGGAUUGGUGAGAUAUCUGAUGCUAAUUUUCUAAUGUAUAUGAGUUCUAUGAUGAAAAUUUGUAAAUAGUUUAAAAUCCUCUUUUCACAUAAAACAAAU